GCAGUAUUGAUCCCUAUUCCUUUGGACCUGCAGGAACCUUCGUCACUGAUCUCUCGGUACCCUCAUCACUCCUGUCAGAUCGGGGACUCAAUAUCAUAUCUUCAUAAUUUUUCAUUGUCGGUCCACAUAUCCGUUUACUUCGCUGCCCUCUCUACCGCUGGGAGCAGGCUUUCUGGCAUUCUCCGGGUUCUUAAAGGCUCCAGCUGCGAAACGAUGCAGUUCACUGUGUACGUUGGUUUUGCGUGUUUUGUUUGUGGGGAUCAGGUUUCACAAGGAUGGACAUUAGUUGUAGCGAAAGGUGAUUGACGGAGCGAAAUAGCGAGGGUCACAGGAGCUUUGAUCUGAACUUGGAAGAUAUGAGUGGCUUGAUAACGUUCGCAAGUUUGCCUGGGGUGCGCAUCGUUGCCGGUUAGAGGGAGUGGCAAGAGAUUCAAGCUUUGACAACGAAAAUGGAUGAGCUACCAUCACUCCUAGAGGUACACAAUGUCCGAAUAGUUGGAAUGGGCGAGGAGCUGGUGGUUCUGGCCCACGGGUUUGGCACAGAUCAAUCCGUGUGGAAACACGUCAUUCCUCAUCUUGUAGACGAUUACCGCGUGAUUCUCUUCGAUAACAUGGGAGCUGGCACCACCGACCCGGAGUAUUUUAGCUUCUCGAGAUAUUCUACGCUGUAUGGAUAUGCUGAUGACCUUCUCACAAUUUUGGACGAACUGGAGGUGCAAUCUUGCAUUUUCGUUGGACACUCGGUGUCAGGCAUGGUUGGCUGCCUUGCCUCACUGUACAGACCGGAAAUAUUCUCGAAAAUUAUCACUAUCUCCGCUUCUCCUAGAUACCUGAAUGAUAUGGAUUACUUUGGAGGUUUUGAGCAAGAAGAUCUUAACCAACUUUUCGAGGCGAUGCAGUCCAAUUUCAAGGCCUGGGUCUCAGGAUUCGCGCCCUUGGCUGUAGGAGCAGAUAUUGAUUCCAUGGCAGUUCAGGAGUUUGGUAGGACGCUAUUCAAUAUUCGACCCGACAUAGCAUUUAGCGUGGCGAAAACAAUCUUCCAGAGCGACCUGAGGAGCAUUCUACCAAAGGUGACUGUGCCAUGCCAUAUUUUACAAAGCAGCAAGGAUCUGGCGGUGCCAGUGGUAGUGGCGGACUACCUGCAUCUUACUCUUGGAGGUCCCACGAUAGUUGAGGUGCUGCCAACAGAAGGUCAUUUGCCGCAGCUAAGUUCCCCCGACAUCGUGAUCCCUGUCCUGAAACGCCACGUCGCUGGGAAUCUGGAGUCUUGUUGAGACUUUUCUCGCGAAUGAUUAAGUGGACGAACACUUGAUCAAAACUUUCAUAUCAUGAGUUUUUAAGCUCUGCCUGGCAUUUCACCAAUAUUUGAUUUUGAAGGCGAUUUGAGAUUGAAUCAGCUUUUGCUUUGUUUGAAGACGCGUGUGGGGAUUGAUCCUACGAAUGGAGUCUUUGGGCUCCACCAGAUUUUCCACUGGAAUUGUGAAGCUCUGCUUGACCUCCUCUAAAGUUGGAAGUUGAAUUUGAAGCUAACCAUCGUGCGAGGGGAUGAUCUUGUUUGUUAGCGAGUGCUGCGUGUGCAUUCGACAUCAUGGGAUAAUGAAUGCAUGCUGCAAACUCGUCUAAUUAUAUAUACAUAACUAUAUGCAAUGGCACGAACACUAAACGGAACCCAGCAGCUCUGUAUCGUGGCGAGAACUGUCUAUUGUGAUUCUUCAUGGAAUGGGUCACGAAAACUGCGACGAUUUUUUUCAUUCCAGCGCUCCUGCCUGCUGGUCAGGGAGCCAGGAAUUAGUUCACAUACAAGAAGAGUUGUUUAGGAAUUUUCUUUAGGGGAUAAUGGUCCGAUUGUUGCAACUCUUUGCUCUCCAGACCUGCUCCUAAAGAACUACUAGGGUUUGAAAUGACAGAAUUGGCAGAUGAAGAACAUGCGAAACCAGCUUGUUCUCUAUGCUACACCUUUUUCUGGGAUCUUCCCGUUGAUGUACAUCAACUAGUGACAGUAUGUUUCAGUUAUCGUUAGUUUGUGAUGGACUCUCUGUAAUAGACUGCACAUGUUAAGAGGAAGUGACGCACUGAAUCCGUGCAAGCUGUUACUGAGGAGGUGAAUAUAUUUGGCCGCUCGCUUAUAUUUGUUUCUUUA